AUGGGUUUCUUGAACUGCUUCCGCAGCUCUAAACGUGAACCAGACCGGACUCCUAAUAGCAAACCCAUCACUGCUCACCAAGAGAGAUCAGAAGAUGAGGUUUCCAAAAUCGACAAUGUCGACUCGACUCCAAGAUCGAAUCCAAAACGAAGCCCGCCAAAGACAUAUGUUCCUACGACCUAUCAACCUACGACAGGCCCCGCAAGCAAGCCGGAGACUUGGAAGACGUAUAUUCCCACCGGUCACCCGGUGACCAAAUCAGAUCAGCCUUCCACAAACGGAUCAAUUGGCAGAUCGAAAUUAAUUGGGUUGUAUCGAUCCAAGAAGACAGAAGAACCGAAGACUGAGGCACAGGACGAUGUAAAGACUGGUGCACAAGAGGCAGAGCCAGGAAAGCAGUGGGUUAAGGUGAAGGUACUGCGUCAACAUGGGUAUGCAUGGGACGUGCCGUAUGAGUAUAGAUGGACAACGAUGCCUGUCAAGGGGGGUGGCAUGGCAGGGAAGGAUAAAGACAGGCCGUCGACGUCGAAGGAGUCUGACGUUAUUUAUGGAAGGUCUAGUCCGCCGUCUGAAGUUGAUGUGACGGAGAAGAAAGAUGGUGAAAAGGUUGAAGGGCUGACGGGGGAGGGAGCUUCGUCGUCGUCUCCGGGGGGUGAGGGCUCAUCUGCGAGGGAUACGGCAUCAGAUAUUGUCGACAAAGAGGAGGUGGCUGAUAAGGGAAUCAGAGUGGUCCAGAAAGAGGAAACACCAUCACCAUCCUCCUCCUCCUCCGCACGUACACUCGUGAAAUCAACUCCACCAUCACCCCUCGACGCUGACGAGAAGGAAGUCGAAAACGUGGUCGCAAUCAAAGCAGAAGUCAAACUAGUAGGCAUCUCAGGCUGUUCCAGCUCUGGCAAAUCCACCCUCGCAUUUCUCCUCAGCGAAAUCUUCAACCCCACCCCCCAAGACUCAACCGGCAAGCGUUUUCUAACCCAAGACGAUUUCUUCCGUCCAAAAAAGGACAUCCCACAUACCACAUUCACCGACGCAGAUUGUAAAUUUGCGUGUCGAAGCGCGACCCAAAAAUCCGGAGAUGGGUUUUACAGUUUUACGCAUUAUAAUUCUAGAGGGGUUGUGAGAUGGAGAAUCGAGGGUCCGAAUUGCGAUGGUGCUGCUGCUGUUGAUUUCCACAAGUUGAGAGAGGCGGUUGCGAGUUUGAAGGAGUUUGGAGAAGUGUCAAUGAGUCUGGAGUUGGUGAGGGUGAAGAGUAAACUUGGGUUGGUGCAGGAUACUGGGGAAGUUGCUGGUGAGGCGACGAAGGCUAUACCGACGUUGCAGUCACAUCGAUCGCAGAGUGAGGCUCCGGCCAUGGAGGGUAAGGCAGUCAAGUUCGCGUUCGUGGAGGGGUUUAGGUUGUUUGCGGAUCCGAAGGUAAGUCCUGGACCGAAGGCGUUGGAUUGGGAUCGCCAUAUCAUCCAUGCGAAACUCGAUAUUCCAAUUUUCUUGCCUACGUCUAAGGAAGUGGCCAAGACACGGCGCUUUUCACGACAGGCGUAUAAAGAUCUUCCUGAAGGUGAUCGUGCACCGGGACAUAUGUGGAAGAGCGAGGGAUACUUUGAGCAGGUACUUUGGCCUGAGUAUAUGACCGAAUUUGGCUGGUUGUUGGAUCAACUUGGUGAUGAAAAGGUCAAAAAUGGUGGACAGGUUGAUGGAGUUUGGGUUAGGGAUGGAGAUGAUCUAGGUGUUGAGGAGACGGUUCGGUGGGUUGUUGAUUUACUUCUUAAGGAGGCGCAUUUGGCGGCAGCAACCUAG